AUGUUGUUUAAAUUUAGUUAGCUUGUAAAGCAACCAGAGAUUUAUGAUGCUUAGCUAUUAUCUAAAAUAUGCCCAUUAUAAUUAAAACACAAAUAUUUAAUAUUAGAAUAGAAAAUAAAGUAGGCAAAAGAAUUGGAGCAUGAAAUCUAUAAGAUGAAAGAUGAAGACCAAGGUUGGAAAAAAUUAAAGAUCAGUUUAGAAUUCACUCCCUAGAACACUCUGAAUAGUAAAUUCAUAAUCAUAAGGCAUGCUUUGGCAUGGCAUAAUUAUUUUAAAAGAGUAACAGAAUUUAAGGAUUCAAAUAUCUAUCAUUAUGAUUUGAUUGAUCCUCCUUUGCAAUAUUUAGGCACUAAACAAUGUGAUAAAUUAAAGUUAGAAAUUAAUAAAUUGGAAUUUGAUAAAGUCUAUGUGUCACCAUUAGCAAUACAAACAACUCAACUAUUGUUUUGUAACCAUCCAUAGAAGGAGAAGAUUUAAUUUAUCCUAUGUCCAGAUAUUUGCGAGAAAAUAAGCACCAUAAAUUCAGUUUAUAAAUGGGGCACCCUUACAUAACUAUUAAAAGAUAAUGGAAAUCCAAUUCAAUUUGAUUUUAGUUAGAUGCCAGAUAAUCUUGAGUUUUGGCAAUUCAAUUUAUUACAAAAAAGUUACGACUUAAGAGAUUGCUAAGCAAAUAAGGAAGAUUUCGAAAGAUUCAUAGUUGAUGAGUUUGUCAGAAAAGGAUCAAGCUUUUAAUUAGAACACGGCAGGGGUGUAAUCAGUAGAGUGUAAGGAUUUGUAAACAAAAUAAAAGAAGAUCAAACUUAAAGUAAAAUUGGUAUCGUGACACAUUUUCAAAUUAUAAAAUCAAUAUUACAAUGUAGCAGAUAAAGAAUAGAUUUUAAAUUUGGAAAUGGAGCUGUGUUUGGACUUAAUUUGUGA